GGUCUACUUUCCAACUGCAUCAUUCGCGCCUUGCGGGAGAGAAGGCUGACGACUGUUUCCUGCCCCGUCUGUACCCGCCCUGAAGCCACCUCUACUCUGGUUGAACCGAGCCGAAAAGCGACUCAUCUUCUGAGGAGACCCGACCGACUGCGCCGAAAUGGGGUAUGGAGGGUCGGACAGCUACCGCGUGGCCACCACGCAGGACAAGGACAAGAAGGAGUCGCCCAAGAAGAAGGGAGGCAAGGAUCUGGAUGACCUCAAGAAGGAAGUUCCCAUCACGGAACACAAGAUGUCCAUUGAGGAGGUUUGCCUGAAGUACAGCACUGACAUCGUCCAGGGUUUGACCAAUGCCAAGGCGGCAGAGUACCUGAUCCGGGACGGCCCCAACGCCCUGACUCCGCCCCCCACCACCCCGGAGUGGGUCAAGUUCUGUCGCCAGCUGUUCAGUGGCUUCUCCGUCCUGCUGUGGCUCGGCGCCAUCCUCUGCUUCCUGGCCUACGCCAUCCAGGCUGCCACGGAAGACGAGCCCAUCGGGGAUAACCUGUACCUGGGCAUCGUGCUGUCAGCCGUCGUCAUCAUCACCGGCUGCUUCUCCUACUUCCAGGAAGCGAAGAGCUCCAAGAUCAUGGAGUCCUUUAAGAACAUGGUGCCUCAGCAAGCCCUGGUGAUCCGUGAGGGAGAGAAGAUGCAGAUCAAUGCAGAGCAGGUGGUGGCCGGAGACCUGGUGGAGGUCAAAGGAGGAGACCGGAUCCCCGCUGACCUCCGCGUCGUCUCCUCCCACGGCUGCAAGGUGGACAACUCAUCCCUGACCGGUGAAUCAGAGCCCCAGACCAGGUCAGCUGUCGGCACCCAUGACAACCCGCUGGAAACCCGCAACAUCGCCUUCUUCUCCACCAACUGUGUCGAAGGAACGGCUCGCGGCAUCGCCGUGUGCACUGGCGACCGCACCGUGAUGGGCCGCAUCGCCACGCUCACCUCGAGCCUGAAGUCUGGCAAGACUCCCAUUGCCAAGGAGAUCGAGCACUUCAUCCAGAUCAUCACGGGAGUGGCCGUCUUCCUGGGCAUGUCCUUCUUCGUGCUGUCCAUCGUCCUGGGCUACUCCUGGCUGGAGGCCGUCAUCUUCCUCAUCGGCAUCAUCGUCGCCAACGUGCCCGAGGGCCUGCUGGCCACGGUCACUGUGUGUCUGACUCUGACGGCGAAGCGAAUGGCUCGCAAGAACUGCCUGGUGAAGAACUUGGAGGCCGUGGAGACCCUGGGCUCCACCUCCACCAUCUGCUCCGACAAGACGGGCACGCUGACCCAGAACCGGAUGACCGUGGCCCACAUGUGGUUCGACAACCAGAUCCACGAGGCCGACACCACCGAGGACCAGUCCGGCACCUCCUUUGACAAAAGCUCUGCCACGUGGGUUUCUUUGGCCCGCAUCGCCGCUCUGUGCAACCGCGCCGUGUUCAAGGCCGCCCAGGACGCGCUGCCCAUCCUGAAGCGCGAGGUGGUAGGCGACGCCUCCGAGUCCGCCCUGCUGAAGUGUAUCGAGCUGUCCUGCGGCUCGGUCAAAGCCAUGAGGGAGAAGAACAAGAAGGUGACCGAGAUCCCCUUUAACUCCACCAACAAGUACCAGCUCUCAAUUCAUGAAAACGAUGACGAGAACGACAACCGCUACCUGUUGGUGAUGAAAGGAGCUCCGGAGAGGAUCCUGGACCGCAGCUCCACCAUCAUGGUGCAGGGCAAGGAGCAGCCCAUGGACGACGAGAUGAAGGAGGCCUUCCAGAACUCCUACAUGGAGCUGGGGGGACUGGGAGAGCGAGUGCUGGGCUUCUGCCACGUGUUCCUGCCAGAGGACAAGUACCCCAAAGGCUUCGCCUUCGACACGGACGACAUCAACUUCGAGACGGACAACCUUUGCUUCGUGGGCCUCAUAUCCAUGAUCGACCCUCCUCGUGCCGCCGUGCCCGACGCCGUCGGCAAAUGCCGCUCCGCUGGCAUCAAGGUCAUUAUGGUGACGGGCGACCACCCAAUCACAGCCAAGGCCAUCGCUAAGGGUGUGGGCAUCAUCUCCGAGGGCAACGAGACGGUGGAGGACAUCGCGGCCCGCCUCAACAUCCCCGUCAGCCAGGUCAACCCCAGGGACGCCAAGGCCUGUGUGAUCCACGGCACGGACCUGAAAGACCUGGAUCAGGGUCAGCUGGACGACAUUCUGAAGAACCACACGGAGAUCGUCUUCGCCAGAACCUCCCCGCAGCAGAAGCUCAUCAUCGUGGAAGGCUGCCAGAGACAGGGCGCCAUCGUGGCCGUGACGGGCGACGGCGUGAACGACUCGCCCGCCUUGAAGAAGGCCGACAUCGGCAUCGCCAUGGGGAUCUCCGGGUCGGACGUGUCCAAACAGGCCGCCGACAUGAUCCUGCUGGACGACAACUUUGCCUCCAUCGUCACCGGAGUGGAAGAAGGCCGUCUGAUCUUUGACAACCUGAAGAAAUCCAUCGCGUACACGCUGACCAGCAACAUCCCAGAGAUCACCCCCUUCCUGUUCUUCAUCCUCGUCAACAUCCCGCUGCCUCUGGGCACCAUCACCAUCCUCUGCAUCGACCUGGGAACAGACAUGGUGCCAGCCAUUUCUCUGGCCUACGAGGCAGCAGAGAGUGACAUCAUGAAGCGGCAGCCCAGGAACCCACUGAGGGACAAGCUGGUGAACGAGAGGCUCAUCAGCAUCGCCUACGGACAGAUCGGGAUGAUCCAAGCUCUCGGCGGCUUCUUCGCCUACUUCGUCAUCAUGGCUGAGAACGGCUUCCUGCCGGCCACGCUCGUCGGCAUCCGGCUCAACUGGGACGACCGCUCCAACAACGACCUGGAGGACAGCUACGGGCAGCAAUGGACCUACGAGCAGCGGAAGAUCGUGGAGUUCACCUGCCACACGGCGUUCUUCGUCAGCAUCGUGGUGGUUCAGUGGGCCGACGUCAUCGUCUGCAAGACCAGGAGGAACUCUGUGUUCCAGCAGGGCAUGAAGAACAAGAUCCUGAUCUUCGGGCUGUUUGAGGAGACGGCGCUGGCUGCCUUCCUGUCCUACUGCCCCGGCAUGGACGUGGCGCUGCGCAUGUACCCGCUCAAGCCCAGCUGGUGGUUCUGUGCGUUCCCGUACAGUUUCCUCAUAUUUGUUUACGAUGAGCUCCGAAAGCUCAUCCUUCGCCGAAACCCUGGAGGUUGGGUGGAAAAAGAGACGUACUACUAAAUUACCAAAGCAUCAUUUCUACCCCUGAAGCCUCCCCUUCUUCUCGGUCUACCUCUCCCCUCUUUCUUCCUUCUCUCUGCCCCUCCACCCCUCCACCCACCCCUCCAUCCAUCCCUCUCACGUCAAGAUGGUCCAACUGUGCAACAAGGUAACGUCCUGCUCAUCCUCCUCUCCAUCCCCAUCCCCCCGAAGAGAAACAAACUAAACUAAAAUAAUCCCACGUGAGGACCAACGCCAGAGGAAGAGGAUGCGGGGGAGGGGCUUGUCCUCUGUUUCCUCCCCCGCGGACCCUAACCCGACUGAUCCACUGCGAUCUCUUGCCGAGCAGAACAACGACGUGGCAGGGUCCUUUAUUUAGCCGUCUUUGUACUGCCUGCCACCCAGACACAGCUCCUAAGUCACUGCCAUUUUCUACGACUUCUGUCUUUUUACUUCUAUGUACUCACUGCCAACCUCCUACUGCCCCCCCCCCUGCCCCUCCCCCUCCCAUCAAUACAGAGUCAAUCUCACCAUAAAACUUCAAACUUACUCACGCCCUCAACGGGGUGGUAAAAAGUUCCCUUCGUCGUAAUACUUCCCUUCCUUCACUGUCUCCUUCCCUCCCUCCUCCCCAUGAGUUCUGUUCUGCCUGUGCUGUUGUUGUUGUUUUCUAAUUUACGGUGUUAUUAAAAACAAAAACUAAAAUUUGUGAAUUGUUUUUUAAAGAUGCGAGUGGUUGUGAGAGCUGCUUGUUUUUAUUUGCACAUGACAUCACACUGCCCCCCCCCUCUUCAACCCCCCCCGCCCGUCCAUCUA